AUGUGUCGUGGAGAUCAUCGCAGAAAACAAGCCGAUGGUGGAUCAGAUACACUCCCCCGAUCAAUCAUCGCCAUCAAUAAGCCGUGUACGCCAUACGUGGGUCCAUCUGGGCCGCUCGAUAGGUAUUUGCUCCACCGAUGGGAUCUCCUGGGCCUGCCUAUCCUCAUUUUCACCUCAUACUCAAACGAUCCUGUUCCUUUAUUAUGUUUCCUGGUCCUUGGUGCUGGCACGGAGACCAACUUCAACCUCACCAUGUCUGUCGAUAAUCCAAGCAGUGCGCUGAAUACCAUCAAUCUCGUAACACAAUGUCUGUGUAUACCGAUAGUCACUCUUUUUAUGGCUUUGCGUUUUUAUGUUCGAAUUCGAUUCAAGCAGUCCCUGGGAGUUGAAGAUGUCGGAUGCUUGAUCGCAUGGCUCCUAUUCAUGGGAUAUUGUGGAAUUAGUAUCGUGAUCGGCAAACAUGGCGGCGGUAUACCCUACAACGAUCUCAGUCCCUAUGAGCAAAUUCAAUUCAAAAAGUUCUGCUACAUCGCCACAAUCCUUUACUGCCCCAUGGCCCUGUUCGUCAAGAUCGCUCUCCUCUCGAUCCUUAUCCGCAUCUUCAAACCCUUCAAGAGCAAAGUUCUCUUCAUCUACAUUUUCCUCGGUUGUCUAUGCUGUUACUACGUCGUCGCCCUGAUCGUCAAGAUCCGCAUGUGCGGCCCUAUUCCCAAAUACUGGCUCGGCGACGCGGUCGAAGGAAGCUGUCUCGAUCAGAAUGCCGCCCUGAUCGCCGAUUCCGUGAUCAGUGUCGUCAGCGAUCUGAUCAUUCUCGUCCUCCCGUUGCCGUUGACAUGGUCUUUGCAAAUGUCGCGCAACAAGAAGCUGCGCGUUAUCGGUCUGCUUGGUGCCGGUGGACUGGCUACUGCCUUCAGUCUUUACCGAUUGGUGUUGGUGUUGAAUGGUAGUACCGAUCAGAGUAUCAUGUUUACAUGUGUCAUUUUGUCUGGUAAUGCCGAGGGAGGCGUCGGCCUGAUCUGUGCCUGUCUACCGGUCCUCAAUGUCAUGUUGGCAUACUACAAGAAGAAUUACUCCUCGGACCCCUACUACCGGACCGGAGGCUCGACUCACCCAUUGAGUGAACGAAAGUCCGCAGGCGGCUCCAAGAUCGCUUCUGAGUGGGACAAGGUCACGACCAACUUUGGCGAUCAGAGCCAUCUCAUUUCCUUUGCCGGUGCCCCGGAGCCGGGGGAUACUUUCUUCAACCAGGACGGAAUCAGGAAGACGGUUGCUGUCUCGCAGACUGUUGAGUCGCACUAA